AUGGGAGUUGAAGGGGGCAGGAAUGGAAGGAAGGAGGCAAGCAAGGUCCUGAUUCCAAAUCCCCCCAAAAUUGACUUACCACUAUUCUCUGGAGACAAUCCUAGAGAGUGGCUCAGAAAAUGCGAUAAGUAUUGCUGGGACUACCAAAUUCCUGAAGAACAGAAGGUUGAAGUGAUUGAGAUAUAUUUAGAAGGGAGGGCAGACAGGUGGUUCCACAGGGUGAAGGCGGAGAGACCUGAGAUAACAUGGGAGAUGUUUGAAGAACUGGUGUGCAAGAGGUUUGAUAAUUUGGCAGGGAAAGAUGUUGUGGAAGAAUUCAAUAAAUUGCACCAGACAGGGAAGGUCGAAGAAUAUCAAGAAAAGUUUGAGGAGCUAAAGGUUCUGAUGACAGUAAAGGAUCCUCAUCUGAGUGAGGCCUAUUUCAUAUCAAGUUUCAUUAGUGGACUAAAAGAUGAAGUCAAAACUAUGAUUAAGAUGUUAAGGCCUACAUCCUUGUCGGAGGCCUUUGAAUUGGCCAUAUUACAGGAGAAUGCACUGAGACUCCAGAGCAGAACGCCUAAGGAGAAUAUGAAAGUAAACUCUGAAAAUAGAUUUGGAAUUUCCAGAAAUGCCCCUCAACAAUUAAAUCACAAUUCACAUUACAGAAUAUCUCCAGUAAAGUCAUUUAAAAAUACUCACUUCAAAGGGAGGCCUGUGUCAACCACUGAUUUAGAUUCCAGGAGAAUCUCAGCACAAGAGAUACAGUGUACGAGGAACCAUGGCCUCUGUUUCAAAUGUGGAGAAAAGUACGGCCAAGGUCACCAGUGUAAGCUUGGUCACUUAAACUUCUUGAUCAAUGAGGAAGAGGAGGAACACUUCGAAGAUGCAGUGGGAGAACAAGAGGAGAACACAGGUAAUCCUGGACAGAUCAUGGAGAUGUCCUUGCACACCUUGUCUAAUGCACUUAAGAGAAAAACAAUCACACUGGUAGGGAGGUUGGAUGGAGAGGAAAUGCUGAUACUAGUAGACACAGGCAGUUCUGACAGCUACAUCGGUAGUGAGAAGGUAAUUGCAUUUGACAUCCCCUAUCAACUGGUUAAACCUUUUUUUGUGAUCGUGGGGAAUGGGGCUUGUGUAACUAGUAAAGCAAUAUGUCCUAAGGUAGUGUGGGGGAUCAACCAACACAAGUUCUGCUAUGACCUCAAGGUGAUGGAUUUAAGUUGCUGGGACAUAAUACUGGGAGUUGACUGGAUGACUCAAUUCAGUCCUAUAACGUUUGAUUUUCACAAGUUGACUAUAUCCUUGCAAAAUCAAGGGGAGGCUGUACACUUGCAAGGACAAGCUGAAGAUUGUGAUUUAGACCUUAUUAGAGGAAAUGACCUGAGGACAUUCAUUGAGUAUAAAAGGCAGUUAUUCAUGAACAUAAGGAUAGGGCAAGGUGACAUGAGUACAGAAACUGUUGUUCCUGCAGGAGUUCAGGAUAUCCUUAAUGAGUUUGCAGAUGUGUUUGCAACCCUUACUGAGCUGCCCCCAGCAAGAGCAGUAGACCAUGAGAUUCCACUCAAGCCUGACUCUCAACCCUUCAAGAUGAAGCCCUAUAGAUAUCCUCACUCUUAG